GUCUUUUUUUGCUUUUUUUUUCUUUUUUUUUUUCUCUCUCUCGAGUCAUCCGGCCCCGAAAGAAUAAUUAACUUGCUUUCCAAACGUGCGCCCCGCAAGCAGAGAUUCUCCAAUCGCGUUGUGUUCGAUCCUUUCAUCUCUAUUCAUGAUGCUGAGCGCCUCGGAAAAGAAAAGCUAUAUGAUAAAGUACCUAAGACUUGGUAUCCUCGGGGCGGCACUUCAAAAUAACCUUGUUUCGUCCAGUCUGGAUUCUCUCGUCUUCCUGCCUAUUGGACUAUGGGACGACACACCCUUCAAUUUCGGUGCCCCUCUACAAGGGCAUAGGGCUAUAAGGUUGGAAUCAAACUCAAAUGCUAUCCACCGGGACCUUGGACUUGGACUUCGCUCUAACGGAUACGAUAGGACCAUAGGUACUUUCGAACCCUUCCUAGUCUCAAAACGGGAGCCGUCGCGAUGCUCGGUCCCUCUACUCCGUAUUAUGAUUAUGAUUGUCUUCGCGGCAUGGGUUGAAUUCUUGAGCAAACGCCGAUUGGGAGGACGGGAACGGAGACCUUCACGAGUUCGCGGUGCGCACGACUCGCAGUGCACUCCAUCGGAGAUCCAAGGCUUGUUAUUCGCGGGGUUAAAAGCGCGAAGUGGAUCAGACACCCGGCAAACGCAAAGGAAAAAGAGGAGUCAAGACUCAAGAUACUCAAAAGAGAGGGUGCUCGGUUUCACGUAUACUUCCGUUCCAAAUUCUGAUUCAACUAGCGCCUUCUCAACGGUCUUUGUGCUGCAGACCACAUUCCCCCCCCCCCGACUUGGGGCUGUCUCAAGUUAUGGCGAUCUUCCCUCGCUUAAAACCGUAUGA